CAGUAAACUAUUAGAGUUGAAGGGUUUUCUUUGUACUUUCCUUCUUUUUUUUUGUUACUAGUCACUCUUUUCUUAACUUUCUUUUUUCUUUUUUCUUUUUUUUGGUUUUCAUCAGUAUGCGACUGUCUAGCUUCUCUUUAUGGUUUUUGGCUUUCAUCAUAGGUUCUGUUUCGGCCCGGUUUUCUGAUUUCGAGUCUUUUAAAAAUACAUUCAACCUUCAGGAACAUUUAGGCAGUCUUAGCAUUUAUCAUGAACCAUAUUUCACUGGAUUGAGCUCUGCAUUUCCGGAAUCUUGUGAAAUUCGUCAAGUCCAUGUUUUGCAGCGCCAUGGUUCACGAAACCCUACUACAGGUGACGGUGUCACCAAAGCUGGUUAUCUUGCUGAAGUGCAGGAUAAACUCAUUAACGGCUCUUUCCCAAUUAACUAUAAAAUUCCUGAUAACCCCUUCCAAUUUAUCAAGUCCUGGGUCCCAGUUGUUGACGUUAGUAAUGCUGACAAGCUUUCUAGUAGUGGCCGUCUAGAAUUGUUUGAAAUGGGCCGUGAAGUUUUUAUUCGGUACAACACGUUAUUUGAUGCCAAUGUUUAUGAAAUCAACACGGCGGCCCAGGGUCGUGUCGUCGAGUCUGCAGAGUGGUAUAGCUAUGGUAUGUUUGGAGACCAAAUGGCGAACAAGACCAAUUUCAUUUACAUUGCCGAGGACGAGACUGCUGGUGCUAAUACUCUUUCUGACCAUAAGGCUUGUCCUGUCUACAACGAAAAAAACGUUGACCAUAAAGAAACAAAAGAGGCUCAAUCCAAUUGGGAAGACAUUUUUUUGGCUCCUAUCAAAACCCGUCUUAACCUCUACUUUUCAGAUUACAAUCUCACAAAUGAUGACGUUAAGAGCUUUUACUACUUGUGUGUCUUUGAAAUCGCUUUAAGAGAUGAAAGUGACUUUUGCUCCCUUUUCACUCCUUCUGAGGUCAUCAACUUUGAGUACAAUACCGAUUUGAAAUUCUCUUUUCAUGGCGGUCCUGCUUCUGAAUGGUCUGAAACCUUGGGUGGUGCUUAUGUCCACAACUUGGCCGAAUCUCUUCGUUCCGUCUAUAAUGAAACGAAUUACCAAAAAACUUUUUUUGCUUUCACCCACGAUACCCAUAUUAUUCCCGUUGAAGCUGCACUUGGUUUCUUCUCUGAUGUCACGCCUGAAAAUCCUCUGCCUGUAACCUAUAAUCCUUAUACUUAUUCUGCCAAAACUUCUUCAUUCGUUCCUUUUGCUGGGAACUUAAUCACCGAGCUUUUUCAAUGCCAGGACCAGAAAUUCUAUGUUCGACACCUUGUUAACCAGCAAGUAUUCCCUUUGACCGAUUGUGGUUAUGGUCCUUCUAAUUCUUCAGAUGGUAUGUGUGAGCUUUCUGCGUAUCUUAAUUCUCCCGUCCGUUCUAAUUCUACUUAUAAUGGUACCGACACCUUUAAUGUUGCUUGCAAAGCAAACCCUACCAAUGUCACAGUUCAUUACUAAAGUAUGUGGCUUUACUACUGCUUAGUUGAUAGACAAUGAAUUCAAUUUUUUAUAAAUUAAAUUAAAUUAAUACUCUUAACCAAAC